GUCCUGAGGGUUGGAGCGAGAGUAACGCAAUUCGAAGUAGCGGAGUAGAGAAGAAUUGAAAAUAAAAACAGUUUUAAGUAAAAGUGCCGCUGCCGUCGAAGGAUUUAGUUCAAAUAAUAUUAGGAUUUUGUUAACCAUCAAUUUUAGAACCUCACUUGAGGUUACUGGUAUAUGACUUCUUCCCCACAUUUCUAUUUAUGCUGUUUCUGGUUUUUGUGUACUACUAAGUUUGACCAAGCUUUGCCGGCAGCUGAUUGUGUAUAAUUUUGUAAGGACAACUCUUCUCAUACCUUGCAGAAUGUGAAUCUUGAACGAACAGCAAAAAUAAGCACGUCUUAUCAUAAAAAAGUAACAACAUUUCAAACGCCGCUAUGGCCUCAUGUAAAGACUGUCACAUAAGACGAUUUUCAUUCCGUUCAAGAACUUACCUUGUUUUACUGCUCUUUGCAUUGUGGAUGACUGUAACGUGUGCUGUAACUAACGAUGACGACGAAACGAACUACGUGAAUUUAUUACUGAGAGAUCUGGACAAUAACGCAGUGCAAGAACAGCAAGGCGACAAACCAUUCGAUGGCAAAGAUACUGUUAAAAGACACUGGGGUAUAACGGAUGCCACCGCUAUAUCGGGCAAGAUUUUCACUUAUCCUAUACCGGACGACGCCUUCACUGGACGAAUACAACGGUUCGAAGUUACAGAAGCAGGAGAAACCACGCUGCCAUCCUGGCUGUUGUAUGAUGAAGGUUCUCAAACUUUUACUGGGGUUCCUUUAGAUAAAGACAUUGGGCAAUAUUACAUAAGUGUGAAAGCUAUUGGAUAUUCAAACAAUAAAGCUCCUCCUGCAAAAGAUGUCUUUUCUAUUGAAGUUCUUGAUGAUUCAUCUGGAACAAGAUUGAAUGAGGGAGAUGGUUUUUCUGGAUUAUGUUUGAGUGGCGAAAGCCAAACAGUUGCAAAUUUGAUUCUUGAUGUGAAUUUGCAAGACUUAAAUGUAUCAGAUCGAAUUAAUAUUUUGAAAAAAUUAUCAUCUUUCCUCAAUAUUCCAUCAAAGAAAUUUAAAUUGUCUCCCAAAUCUGAAAUAAAUAGUUUAGAUACAUCUGCAAUCUUCGCAGGCCCAGGUAAUGCCAAAACUCAAACACAGAGCGGUGGUGUUGCAGAAUGGAAAGUUGGUUGUUCACAGCCCAUUUCAACUGAUCAGAAGGUUAUGAUUUCAAAACUCGAAAGAUCUGCAGAAGAUGGAAGUUUGGCUAAUGCUCUUGGAUACCCCAUAAUUGGCUGGCAUAUUACUAAUGUUUUUCCAAAAAUAAGUCAUAGAGAAAAGCGACAACUGGGACGAGGAACACCUGUACCUGGAAUUAUGCCAACUCAGUGGCCUCAUUUCACUGAAAGAGUUGAUGAGUUUGAAAUGACUGAUGACAGUUUAACUCCAGAAACUAGAAUUAUACCCACUAUGGCUUCACCAACUUUGAUGCAAUCAUCACAUCAUCAUAGGCAUGGACAUGGAAAUUAUGGUCAAGAUCACAAGGGCCAACACAGACUUCCAGAGUCACCCCAGUAUGUUACAUCUCCAACAUUGCAUCAUCAUCAUAUGCAUACAGCUUACAUCACAUCAUUAGGAGCUACUCCUGUGAUAGUUCCUGACAGACCUACUAAAUACAUUCCAGUCACUCCUAUAAUUGAUGAAUCAUUUUCUGGCCGGUACAUUCCUGAAGAAUAUACACCAUUAGGAGGUCUUAUGUCAUCUAUGAUCAUUGCAACUCCUGUCACAGGAAUGACAGAGUCUCUUCCAACUGAGACUUACAUAUCAUCUGUUGAUGUAAUAAGUUCUGAAAUAAAACCAACUAGAAGUCAGACAGUUGUUGAAAAAACGAAAAAGCCUCCCGGAACACGGAACUUCAAACCAACAAUUGAAAGACGUGUUAAGAAAUUAACUAUGGUUGCUGGUAAAGUGUGGAGAUUCCAGAUACCUCAUGACACAUUCGUUGACAUGGAAGAUGGUGAUACCAGGAAUUUGAAACUUCUUUUUAUGACAUCUGAACGCACUUCAAUACCACCAACUUCAUGGAUUCAGUUUGAUCCUGAAAAGCAAAUGCUGUAUGCUUUACCUUUAGAUGAACACAUUGGAAAAUAUGAAUUUAUUCUAGAAGCUAUGGAUAACGAAGGAGCAUCAACUAAUGAUCGUCUUGACAUACAUGUGUGGCAACAUCAAUCGGCUCGAGCUAGACAUCACGAGUUUUCUGUUACACUGAAAUAUAACAAAUGGCAGUAUCCAAUAACAAUUGAUUGGAAUAUCGAAUUUCUUAAACGACUUUCUCAUUAUUAUGGUGAUAAAAAUGAAAGUUAUGUUGCUGUUCAGUCUGUUAUCACUGAACCAGUUACAACUUUUACUUGGUCUAAUGAUUCCCUUCCUACAUAUCCUUGCCCAAAUGAAGAAAUAUCUGAACUUACAAAUAAACUGAUUGAUGAAAAUACCAAUGAAGUAUCAAAAGCUUUUAAGAAAAUAAUGAGCUCUGAUUUUAAAAUAUUAGAUGCAAGUGUAAAUUUCCUAGGAGUUUGCCGCAGUCCAGCUUCUACAACCUCACUUACUGAUUCAAAUUUUGCUCCUAUGCUUCGUAAUCCAAUUGAAAGAAUCAAUACUACUGUAGGUGAGAUUUUACGCUUUAAAAUUCCUGAUGAUACCUUUUAUGAUUUUGAAGAUGGAAGCACUAGAUAUCUUACCCUUACUUUCUUAACUAUUGAAAGUGUACGUCCUCCAAAAUCAUCUUGGGUCCAAUUUGAUCACAAGUCUCAAGAACUAUAUGGUUUACCAUUUGAUGGUGAUGCUGGUAGGCAUGAAUUUCAGUUGGUUGCAAUGGAUAGCAAUGGACUCCAUAUCAAUGAUGUUUUUGUUAUUGAAGUUCAUCCUCGACCACCUAAAAAGUGGAAUGUUGAGUUUAGUCUUCAUAUUGAUCAUGAUUAUGAAGAAUUUAGCAAAGAUAUCAGUAAAAAAGUUUUGGUAGCAUGGAAGCUUGCAAAAUUAUAUGAUGAUCCUGAUCCUCGCUACAUAACAGUUGGAUCUAUCAGCAAAGGUUCUGUUGUUUAUGCAUGGACAAAUAAUACUCUACCUCAUGAUCCUUGUCCAAAGAAAACUAUAGAUAAAUUAGUUAAGAAUAUGAUAAAUAAAGAUGGUACUUUGUCAUCAAAAUUAACAGAAGCAAUGCUUCCAGAUUUCAAAAUAAUUAAAGCAGAUGCUAUGCCAUUGGGUAUAUGCUUAGGAGAAGUAACUCCUACAUCUGUAACUAUAGCUCCACCGCCUGUUACACAGAAGACUGAGCCUGCUGCAUCGACAGAUGAUGAUAUUUAUAUCACCACAAUAAUUCCAGCAGUAGUUAUAGCAGUUAUGCUUAUCAUUGCUGCUCUUGUGGCAUGCUUUCUGUAUCGCAAAAAGAGGAAAGGAAAGAUGACCAUGCAAGAUAAUAAUACAUUUAUAGGUAAUCGAGCACCAGUUAUAUUUGGCGAUGAGAUGGAGGAAAAGCCUGAUCCUGCAAAGCCUCCAGUCAUUAUGAGAGAAGAGAAACCACCACUUGCUCCUCCUGAUUAUUUACGUUCAUCUGCAAGCAGUAGAGAUUCCACACCUCAGCUGGACCGUGUGGAACAAGCCAAUAUAAGAAACACAAAUGCAGAUCUGCACACUGAUCCCUCACCUCCAUAUCAACCUCCUCCUCCUUUUACUACAAACAGGGACAGCAAGAACUCUCGACCAAAAUGCACGCCAACAUACAGGCAACCACCACCUUAUUUGCCACCUGUGCCACCAUAGGACUUUUAAAGCUUGCAGAGGAGGCAUAUUUGUGCCUUCACCUGCCAAAGAAAGACUACUCAUGUGUACUCUACUUUGAUGUUUGUCUACUUCAUGUUUGUUCAAUGCCUGCUCUUCUCUCUUGCUAUGAAAAAGAGCUUUUUGAGCACAGCCUACAAUUUCAUACUGAAUUUUAUGCAUGAAGUAAUAUUUGUUUGCAAGAACAGUAGCUGAAAGUCAACUGCAAAAUUUUCCUUUCUUCUUGAAUGUUGAAAUGUAUUUAUGUUAUACAACGAAAGUUUUGUAUUUUGUCGUGCGUGUUAUGUAUUACUACUAUAGAAAAGAAUAAUUUUUUACUAUUUUAUGAAAAGCAUUUUCUGUAUAAAAUUCAAUAUCAGAUUGUUACAGUGUUGUUAGCUUUGGAGCAAUGCAGAAGUUGUGCCUACUCAUGAUGGCUGAUUUGUCGGUAUGAUAGAUGGUAGCCAUAUAUUAUAUUAUCAUAAUUUAAUUUCAUUUUGCAUCAAAUAUAUUUUAAUUAGCUUCAGUUACUCCUGGUCACAGUCUUUUUUUUUUUUUAAUUAAUGUUUCCUUAAUAUAUAUAUUGUAAAACUCGGAGUGUUUACCACAUCAUAAUUGACAGAUCAUUGCAAUAUUAGAUUCUAGUUGAACAAUUAUAUUAAAACAGUAUAGAUAUUUAAAUAUAACAUGGCCACUGGAUGACACAAAAGUUACCAGUGUGCAAAAAUGUUUAGUAAUGUUAUAAAUACAUUAAUGAAAGAUCAAUGAAAAAGGCCUGCCAUUAAAUGAUUGCCUAAAAUUAUUUUAAGAUGAUUCUGUGAAAUAUUCUUACUACUACUAAGGUUCCAAAAACAAUACUCUUGAUCCUCACUACUUGUACUCCACAUUUAAAUUUGGAAUUAGUUUUAAAUAUGUUAAAACUUUAUAACAAAGAUACUCAGGAAUUCAGAAUGUGAAGUUUCCAGGAAAGUUCCCAUAUCACUCAUAUGGUAUUUGAGCUCCAGAUAAAAGAUAAUUCUUUCAAUAAAGAUUCUUUAAAGAAUGUAUAAAGAAACUUUUAAUAGCCCAAAUAUGCUUCAUUUAUUUAUUAAUUAAGCUUUAAUUCACAAACAUGCUUCAUUUAUUGAUUGUGAAAAUUAUAUUCAUAUCAUCUUUAUUAAUAUGACCAAAAAUGUAGAUUAUUUAAUUCUAAAUUUUUUUAGAAUAGGUUUCCUACAAAUAUUGCAUAACAGUGAGAGAGCUUUUAUACAAAUAUAUGUUUCUAAAAUGAAAAUUUUAAAAAUAUAUAAAACUAUUUCAUAUAUAUAACAGAACUCAUGGCAAUCUGCAUUUUUAAGAACAAAAAUAAACAUCAGUGAUAGUCAUGUUCUUUAAAGUGACCAUGUUCACACAUGGCCAGAAUCAUCUGGAAGAAUGAAUGCUUUCUUGGGAAGGUUUCACUGCAUCCAUAGGCCAUAUUAUAAUAUUUUAAUCACUACUACUAAGCAGGACUCUGUAUAUUUGUGAAUGUUUAAAAUAAAACUAUCCAAUUUAAUGCUGACAUAAAAAUGAUUAGCCAUUAAAGCUCGUAACAACAAAAUGAGUCUUUCCUUUUAUUAAUUUGUUUGCUAAAAAGCAUUCAAAAGGAAAGUUACUUAAACAUAGCCUACACAUUUAAUAUCUAGUCUACUGAAUUUUUAGAAAUUUCUGUGAAAGAGCAUUUUAUUUUAUUAAACUCUCAUCAUAGAUUAAUUCUAAGUAAAAAUAAUUUAAAUAUUCCAUCAUUAUUUAAAAUUAAUUGGAACCCAAUAUUUAGAUUCAAUCUAAAUACGGAAUACUGAUUUUAUUCAUUAAAACCAUGUUAUUACAGAGCAGAAAGCUUUAACAAUGGUAGAAUUGGAUAAUUCUAUCUUUUUAUUUUCCUUUUACUGUAAGAAAGUUUUAAACAUAAUAUUAUAUUACUGAAUCAAAAAAAACAUUAAUGAUUCUUUCUUUAAUGUAAAUUAAUGUUAUGCACAUUUCAAUAUAGCAGGGUUGUAAUGUAAACUAAUGUUAAAUUACACACAUUACAAUAUAGCAGGAGUAGCCAUAGUGUGGUUCAUAUGCAAAUAAAAUAUAUGUAUGAAAUAUGGUAAUGAAGACUACUCAAUGUCCAAAAGAAUGUAAUUAAUUAAAUUUUUUAUAAAGUUAGUAAACUUAAUCUGAUCAAUGUCCAAGCAUAAUUAUUUUGUCUCAUUUCUUGUUAGUUAAGAAACUUAUUAAUGUUUAUAAAAAGCAAUUAUUUUUUUAAUUUUUACUAAAAAAGGUAUUAUGUAAAGAAAAACCUUUAAAAGUUAGAUAUGCUGUUGAAUGCUUUACGAAUGAAUGGAUUGAUACUUUUGAAUGUUUCACAGGAAGGAUCUGCCAACUUUCUGAAUCAUUAGUAACAGCAGAAACAAAAUAGGGUGGUCUGUUAGCAGAACAGAAAACGCAUCAGAAAAAUUUAUCAUACAGGAUUUGUUACAUGAUAAAAAUAAUUUGUUUGUUGAUUUGAGAUCCGAAUUGACAAAAAAUUAAUGGCAAUUGGGAACUUUAGGAAUUUCUACAGCAUAAAAGCUAAUGUUACAUUUAGAAAAUUUUAAAAAAUCUGUAAAAUGUGAGGGCAACAGAUGUACGGCUUGCUUGCUGAAAAAUGAACAUACAGGAAAAUUACGGAAUAAUUUUGCGGUAACAAAAAAAUGAUUUGAGUUGCUGUGGUGCAGAUUUAACAAGAAUCCGAAGUUUCUUGAGCAUUACAAAGCUAUCAUAGAUCAUCAUUUACAAGAAUAUAUCACAGAAGAAUUGAAGUAUUUAAAAACUGAAUAAGAGUACUUUUUAUUGCAUCAAGCUGUAAUUACGGAAAACAAAAACACCAUAACACUUCAUUUCAUGUUGUUUUCAAUAUAUUAUUACAAGCUGAAAGCAAACUGUCAUUGAAUGAUUGUUCAGAUGUUUCUUUCCGUAUGAAAUCUUCACUACUUUUAAAAUGAUGCAAAUAAGUACUUAUGGCUUUUGCAUAAUCUAGUUGCGUAGUCACAUAAUCUUUUGCUUAAUCAAAUUUUCCUAAAUUCCAACACACAACUCUUACUUUACAUGAAGUUUGGCCACCCAUGUGAUAUAGGUUACAUUCAUUGUAGUGUUUUAUUAUCAUCUUGAAACAAAGAAAACUUUUUUCAUGAAACAGAAUAUUUUUUAAAGCAGAUCAAUAAAAUUCAUUGCAUUAUCGUUUUAUUUUUUAAUUGUGUCAUUUAAUGUGUUUUAUACCAUUGGUGUAAUUUAUCCGAAGCCUCCGUUGAUCACACAUUAUAAUACAAAUCCUUUAAUGCAUAGAAAAUAUGAUUCAAAAAUAGGGAUUUUUUCUCAAAAGGAAUUAUGUUCUACAAUAUACCAUAGCUACUAACCUUGAAAUAUGAAAACUAGGGAGGUUAUUGCGCUAAAAUUAGGAGUUUCGUGAAGGAUUUUGUACUGUGUUAUGGCACUACUUUAAAAUAACUCAGUUUUUAUUAGAAACCGAUAUUUCAAUACAUUCAAUUUUAUUGAAGUACUUAUUAUAUGAUUCUGAUGUAAAAUAUAUUAAUAUUUAAUUACACAUUCUAAAUUUUAUUUUCUUAGGCUAAUUUUAAUGCAAUUUUUUGGGCACUUUUAUAUUGAGAAAAUUCUAAGUAAGAGAAGGAAAACUUUUAAUUUAUCAAAAUACUUUUAACAAACAAACCAAAAAACUAAUAACUAAUAUAUGUACAAUUGUAUAGAUAAAUUUAUUAAUAUAUCUUAAUGUAAAACAAAAUUAACUACAUAAUAGCUGAAUAAAAAUUGGUUUUAUUUUCAUAAAAAUUUCUAUAAAAGUCUACAAUGGAUAGUGGAUUAAGACAGUUCAGAUCAAAUAAAACAUAGUGAGAAAAAUUAUGGAGAAGAUCACUAGGGGUGGAAAAUGAAACUUAAAAUGUGCAAAUUUUAUAAGCCCGUUUUUAAUUCAUUUCCACAAUUUAAUUUUAUUGUUAAAAAUUAUUUUCAUCAGGCUAAAAAUUAAAAACUGGGAGAGUUGGCAGCUAGGAUAUGCAUUUAUAUAUAUUUAGAAUAUAUUAAUUUUAAUUGGAAUUGGGUUAUUUUCACUUAUUCUCUUAUUUUUCUGUUACUUUUACUGAAAAUUUAAAACAUGAAUAUCUUAAAUUUUCUGUCAAAAAAUGUAAAUUUUUGCUUCAGAUUAUAUAUUUAAUCUUUCUUGAAUAAUGAAUUUUGGCUGAAUUAAAAUAUUUUAAAAACCUAUUUUCGAAAUUUAAAUUUGGUAUAGUUGCAUGAUUUAAUACCCUGAGCAGCAUGACUGCCUUCAUCCUGUCAUAAGAUUUUUUUUGUCAUUUGACGUAUAUUAGGUUCCAGUUUAAAAUAUUUUGCUUUCAUACUUUCUUUGAUAUAAUCUUAAUGAACAGAAGUGCAUGAAAACAAAGACUAAAAUAAUAAUAAAAUUGUGUGAUUUAACACCUUGAGAGACAUGACCCCCUUCAUUUUGUCAUAAGAUUUUUUUUGUCAUUUGGCAUAUAUUAGGUUCCAGUUUAACAUAUUUUGCUUCCAUACCUCCUUUGAUAUAAAUAUAAUCUUAAUGAACCAAAGUGUAUGAAAACAGAAACUAAAAUAAGUAAUUAUACCAAGUUAGCUACUGAAUGCAGUUACAAUAUAGGUCUUCAUAAAAGCAGAUUCAAAAACAAUUCAGAAGGUUAAAUUCCUGAGAAUAUUCAAUAUUUUAAAAUAUUCGAGCAUUUUCAUUGGAUACCUGAAAACAAAGAUAAUUUUUUUUUCUUGUGAACCUCUCUUUUUUUUUAAAUUUUUCUUUUUUCCUUUUUUUAAUGAGGUAUAACAGUAGUUUUAAAUAAAACAAUUACUUAAAUGCAAAUCAUGUAAAAUUAUGAAGUAUUUUGGCCUUUCCUUUAAUGCUUAAAACAUAUCCCAUAUUUGCAUAUAAUUUCUGAUGUCAAAAAAUUAAUAAAUAUAUUAAUUCUUAAUUAAUGGAAUAAAUACUGUUUUUGUAUGUUUUAGACUUGGGAAGAACAGCAUAUUUCCACCCAUUACAAUGUAUAGCAAUGAUAAAACAUUUUAAAAAGCUGUUGUAUUUCUCAUUUACGUAGUUUUAGGUUAUGCGCACAUCAUUUACAUAUUGUGCAUGCAUGAGUUACAAUAUUUUUCAGUAUUAAUGUUACUUUUACUAAUGUAUUUCUUGUUUUUUAGAUAAGCUUUCACACAGACCUCAAAUAAUCCAUUGCCAUAUGAUCUUUUCUUGUACAUGUGUAUCUCAAUUUCUUUUACAAUUAAGAAUGAAUGUUGUUUUACGUAAUGGAGUUCUAUAAUAUAAAUAUUGCUUAUUUAAAUAAAUAUUUUAAGUAUCUGAUGUUUGUUAAUUCUUCUGUACUUAAUGCAGAUCUUUUUUAUAUAUUUAAAAAUCCAAUAUAAAAAUAGAAAAUAUCCCCAAAAUAUUAAAUUUUAUAUGAUUCAGACUGCAAAAAUCAUUAAAUUUUGUAUAUUUAAAGCUUAUCAUGAUAGCUCUAUAUGUAUUCCUUUAAAUACUAGACUAUGUUAAAAUGCAGAAAUUGGCUUGUAUUUAAAGACUGGUCUGUUUAAUUUAAAUUAGUAUGGCAUUUAAAUGAAUUGCAUUCUUUUUGUAUAAAUUAUUGAAUAUAUCUGACAGUACAUCAUUUAUAAUUUGUGCAUCAAACCAGUUUGCUACAUCUGCUUUAUGAUGAGCAUUUUGAUACAAUGUUUUUGUCGAGAAUUAACAAUUUCAGUGUUUUUUGUCUACAUGUAUGUUGAUAAACUAAAUGUAAAGAGUGUUUUUCUUAUGUAAGAUGAAAUUAAUGUCUUUAUUAUAAUGUAUAUAUGUCUCUGUAUAGGCAGCUUUUACAAAUUCUACAUAUCUAAUGAUGUGUUACUUAAUGAAAUAUCAAAAUAUUGCAUAGAUAUCUUGUAACAGUACUGUAAACAUAAAGGAAAGUUUCAGUACAUUUUUCCUAACCUGUUACAUGGUGGUGAAAAAGAAAAGUUUUGAAAUUUUUAAGGAGGGUUCUGUAUUGCAUAUCAUUUGCUCUGCGAUACUAACUAGAUAUGGUUUUAAAAUGAUAAAGCUUUGUGUAGAAUAGUUUAUUGGCAAAACAUUUACAUAAUUAUUAGUGUCUUAGAGAAGAUACUAUAUAAAACUGUAAUAUUGUUGCCAAUUAUAUUAAAAAAUUCUAUUAGUUUAUUCAAAAAGAAGUUUGUCAACUAAACAUCGCAGUAGUCAGGUUCUUGGAACUCUUUAACUCUUUUAAUGUGAAUAUGGAGUAGAAAUACAUAAACUUUCUUAUUGACCACCCUGUGGUAUCUAAUAGUAAAUAAAUUUUUUGUACUGAAUUGAAUGUAUUUGCUAUAAGUAAUUGUGAAAUGAUAACAAUGGAUGAGAAAAGUGUACUAGAGCAAUAGGUUGUCAGUUAAGAAUUAGAUUUCUUAACUGUAAACAAGUUUUAUUUUAAAUUUUGUUUUAAUUGUGAAAUGUUGAAACAAAGUGACCUAAGUCAGUUUGAAUCAAUUGUGUUGAAAAAAAUUAAAUAAAAUUUUCCAUUUAAUCAAAAUGGAAAAUGUGCUUUUAUUUAUGUAUGUGUUAGAUUUGUUAGGGAACAUUUAGAACAAUUUCAUUACACAUGAAAAGUACAAUAAUUAAGAAUAAAGUAAGGCAUGAGAGAAAUUUGCAUUGAUCUUCAUCUGCUACCGAUUGUGUUAUUGCACUUGCCGAAUACAUAUUCAGAUCCUUUUGCAGUUAAUCAUAUUAAAUUACUCAUUAUAUUUAUUUUGUGUAUUCAUAACAUUGAAAACCAUUAAUUGUAUUUUAGUCUGUACGUUAGAAUUUAAAUGCAUAAUAUUGCCUGUUUUCAAGGGGGGGGAUAAAAAUUAAGUAAUGAAGUUAAAAAUUAAAAUGUUUUCAGUGUGAAUCACUUCAAAA